AUGGUCGCCUUAAACAAGAGAACCCUUCAAGAACACGAUAGCGAUUCUGAAACUGAGAGCGCAAAUGAGUUCGAUAUUGCCAGUAACAUCGCUUUGAAUUCCAGUGAUAGUGAUUCUGAUAGUGAUGUCGAUGAGCAAGACGGAGAAGUUGAAGAUAUUAUAAGUUAUUCUGACGAUGAAAAGUCGCAGGUAGAAGAAGUACCAAAAAAGAGCAAGAAAGAGAAGAAAGUUAUUAAGGAUUUCCCACUAUUAGAGCUUUCAGACGAUGAAGAUUCAAAAAAGCAAGCAAAUGACAAUGACGAUGAUGUAAAUUCAUAUUUUUCAACUAAUAACCUGAAUACCAAAACUAAGCAUAAGAAGGGAAGUUUUGCUAGUUUCGGUUUGUCCAAAUUAAUUCUAACUAAUAUUUCAAAGAGGGGGUUCAGACAACCAACGCCUAUUCAACGUAAAACAAUUCCAUUGAUUUUGCAGAGUAGAGACAUUGUCGGUAUGGCCCGUACAGGUUCUGGUAAGACUGCGGCCUUCGUGUUACCUAUGAUUGAGAAAUUAAAGACACAUUCUAGUAAAAUUGGUGCCAGAGCGAUUAUAUUAUCACCUUCAAGAGAACUGGCAAUGCAAACCCAUAAUGUUUUCAAAGAAUUUUCGAAAGGUAGUGAUUUACGUAGUGUUUUGUUGACCGGUGGUGACUCCUUGGAAGAUCAAUUCGGUAUGAUAAUGGCCAAUCCUGAUGUUAUCAUUGCCACUCCAGGUAGAUUUUUACAUUUGAAAGUUGAAAUGAAUCUAGAUUUGAAGUCGGUAGAAUACAUUUGUUUUGAUGAGGCUGAUAGACUGUUCGAAAUGGGUUUUCAGGAACAAUUAAAUGAAUUGAUUUAUUCUUUACCAUCGAACAGACAAACUUUGUUAUUUUCUGCCACUUUGCCUAGCUCUUUAGUCGAUUUUGCAAAAGCAGGCUUGACCAACCCAGUUUUAGUCAGAUUAGACACUGAAACAAAGAUCAGUGAAAAUUUAGAAAUGUUGUUCUUAUCAAUUAAGAAUGAAGAAAGAGAAGCAAACUUGCUAUAUUUGUUGCAAGAAGAAAUUUGUAUUCCUCUUGCCACUGAGGAGCAAAUCAAAAAAUUAAACAAUGAAAGUAAGAUUGACGAUGAUAGUGAUUCUGAAGAUGAUGAGGCUACCAGAAGGCAAAAAAGGAAGAGCAAAAAUUUCAAGAAGCAAAGAUUGCCACCUGCCAACCAGUUGCCAUCAGAAAAGGCAACCAUUAUUUUCGUACCAACACGUCAUCAUGUCGAAUAUAUUUCUCAAUUAUUGAAAGAUUGUGGGUAUCUAGUGUCGUAUAUUUAUGGUACCUUGGAUCAAAGGGCACGUAACCGCCAAUUAUACAACUUUAGAUUAGGUUUGACGUCAAUUCUUGUCGUUACAGAUGUUGCUGCUAGAGGUGUGGAUAUUCCAAUGUUAGCCAAUGUAAUUAACUUUUCACUUCCAGUGUCUUCAAAGGUUUUUGUCCAUCGUGUAGGUAGAACAGCCAGAGCAGGUAAUAGAGGUUGGGCCUAUUCGAUUGUUUCUGAAAAUGAACUUCCUUAUUUGUUAGAUUUGGAACUAUUUUUAGGUAAGAAAAUAUUGUUGACCUCGAUGUAUGAUGCUACAUGUGACAUAAUGAAGAAGAAGUGGGUUUCAGAAGGUAAAAGUGAACUGACUUUCCAAGAUCCAAAGCCUUCUUAUACAAAUAGGAUGGUAUUGGGUUCCGCCCCAAGAUUACAAGUUGAAGACUUGAACGAUUUGUACACAGGUGUUCUGAGUGGCAGUUUCGAUCUAAAGAUGAUGAAACAAACCGCUCUUAAAGCUGAAAAAUUAUAUUUCAGAACAAGAACAUCAGCUUCUCCAGAAUCUAUGAAAAGAAGUAAAGAAAUCAUUCUUUCUGGUUGGGAUGAACAGAACAUCAGAUUUGGUAAGAAUGUUGAAAAAGAAAAAUUCCAAUUCUUAGCAAAAUUACAGAAUAGACAUAACAAGGAAACCGUUUUUGAAUUUGCUAGAAACCCAGAUGAUGAAAUGUCAGUUUUGAUGAAAAGGAGACGUAGACAACUAGCACCUAUUCAAAGAAAGGCUGAAGAAAGAAGAGAACUAAUGGAAAAAGAAAGGCUUGCUGGUCUUACCCAUCGUAUUGAAGACCAAAUUUUGAAAGGUGAUGAUUUUGAAGCUGGCUAUACAGUUCCUGAGGAUGCUUUGAAAGAAUUUGAAGAUGCGGACAAAGUAUUGGAAGCAUCUAAUAAAAAAUCGGAGCAAAAGACAUUCAGAGAUGAAAAUUUCUUUUUAAGUCAUUAUGCACCAACGAGUGCUAUUCAAGAUCAACAAUAUAAGUUGUCCACUGGGUUUACCAAUGCUGCUGCUGAGGCUGCAUAUGAUUUGAACUCAGAUGAUAAAGUUCAAGUUCAUAAGCAAACUGCAACAGUCAAAUGGGAUAAGAAGAGAAAGAAGUAUGUUAACAUGCAAGGUAUUGAUAAUAAGAAAUAUAUUGUUGGUGAAAGUGGACAAAAGAUUGCAGCAAGUUUCAGAUCUGGUAAAUUCGAAGAAUGGUCCAAGGCAAGAAAGUUGAAGCCUUUGAAAGUUGGUGCUAGAGAAAGUACUAUGCAGACUAAUCUGUUAUCUAAUCCUACAGAAAAUAACAGCAAUGGUCAAAAAACUGUCCGUGGUAAAUUCAAACAUAAACAAAUGAAGUCACCAAAACUUCCUGAUAAAUUCAGAGAUGAUUAUGAAAAGCAGAAGAAGAAGGUUGCCAGCGCACUAGCAAGAGGUGCUCACGUCAAGGGUUAUAGUGGCCCAGGCAUGAAGAAUGAACUUAAAUCUACAGAACAAAUCAGAAAGGAGAGAAUGGCCAAGGAAAAUAGACGUGCUAAGAACGCUCGUCCAUCUAAGAAGAGGAAAUUUUAA